AUGACGUGGCUCCUGUCCCCCUGUCCCCAGGAUGGGGCCUUGUGGGCUGGGCAGCACUAUGUGGAUGGAGCCCCAGCCCCUGUGGACUGGCCUGACUACUGGGCCGUCCAGGGUACGAGUAAGAGGGAGAGCAGUACCCAGGCCCACCCGGCCUUCGGAGACCGCAGGGACGGUGUCAUCAGUGCCCGCACCUACUUCUAUGCCAGUGAAGCCAAGUGUGACAGCCACAUGGAGACGUUCCUGCGCUGCAUCGAGGCCUCAGGCGGAGCCAGUGAUGAUGGCUUCUCAGCCAUCAAGCUCACUGCGCUGGGGAGACCUCAGUUUCUGCUGCAGUUCUCAGACGUGCUGACCAAGUGGAGACGAUUCUUUCACCAAAUGGCUGCAGAGCAAGGGAAGACUGGUCUGGCUGCCAUGGAUACCAAGUUGGAGGUGGCUGUGCUACAGGAAAGUGUGGCAAAGAUGGGCAUCGCCUCCAGGACGGAGAUUGAGAACUGGUUCACUGCGGAGACCCUGGGCGUGUCUGGCUUCUCCCGCAGCACCCUGGACCUGCUGGACUGGAACAGCCUCAUCGACAGCAGGACCGAGCUCUCCAAGCACCUGGUGGUUCCUAACAUGCAGACAGGACAGCUGGAGCCUCUGCUGUCACGGUUUACUGAGGAGGAAGAGCUGCAGAUGACGAGGAUGCUGCAGAGGAUGGACAUCCUGGCCAAGAAAGCUGCCGAGAUGGGCGUGCGGCUGAUGGUGGACGCCGAGCAGACGUACUUCCAGCCGGCCAUCAGCCGCCUGACGCUGGAAAUGCAGCGCAAGUUCAACGUGGAGAAGCCGCUCAUAUUCAACACGUACCAGUGCUACCUCAAGGACGCCUAUGACAACGUCACCCUGGACGUGGAGCUGGCUCGCCGUGAAGGCUGGUGCUUUGGGGCCAAGCUAGUGCGUGGUGCCUACAUGGCCCAGGAACGUACCCGUGCCGCAGAGAUCGGCUACGAGGACCCCAUCAACCCUACGUACGAGGCCACCAAUGCCAUGUACCACAGGUGCCUCAACUAUGUCCUGGAGGAGCUGAAGCACAACAGCAAGGCCAAAGUGAUGGUGGCCUCCCACAAUGAAGACACGGUUCACUUCACGCUGCGCAGGAUGGAGGAGCUUGGCCUGUACCCUGCCGAUCGCCAGGUGUACUUUGGACAGCUACUGGGCAUGUGUGACCAGAUCAGCUUCCCACUAGGCCAGGCCGGGUUUCCUGUGUACAAGUAUGUGCCUUAUGGCCCUGUGAUGGAUGUGCUGCCCUACCUAUCCCGGCGUGCCCUGGAGAACAGCAGCGUCAUGAAGGGCGCCUGGCGGGAGCGGCAGCUGCUGUGGCAGGAGCUCAAGCGGAGGAUCCGCACAGGCAGCCUCUUCCACCGUCCAGCCUAGCGUUCGUGGGCAACUGGCGUCACCCACCUUCAGACUUGACCUCCAGCCCUUCCCAGGGCCCCCAGCCCAAUGCCAUAGCCUUAGCCCAACCCCAGCCUCACGUGGAUUCACCUUUUUAUGCCCAAGACUGUGAGACCUGCUGGAAGUGGCCUCCAUGCUCUUGCUCGGGAUGUGGGCACGCAGGGGGGUUCUGGUGCCUGCCAGAGCUACUGCGAACUGUCAGGAAGGAGUGCCUUUCCACAGUGAGCAUGACCCUUCUCUCUGCCUGCUCCCAUGAACCUGGACCCCAAGGACCACCCUGUAAGCCAGGGUUCACCCAGCCCACACCCUAAGCCCCACAGGUGGGCAGCUGCCAGGCUAGGAAGCUGACCAGGUCAAUAAACCAGUACUGCUGCAGCCCUCAGCUUCA